AUGACAUCAUAUUCAUUAAAAUUCAACUUUACUCAAGCUGGUUUAGCUGCAAUUGCAUCUGCCCAAGAACGUGUUUGUGUAGUAAAAUCUGUAAAUGGUCAAGUUUCCAAUGUAGUCUGGGUAACCUUCAAACCAUUCUUGAACAACACUUUAGAAUGGCAAGAGGUUUAUGGAUUGUACAGUUCAUCAACUCAAAUCCAAAAUGGUGCUACUAUUAGUCGUCUGUCCAAUCUCAAGGGUGCCAGCAAGACUCAUCAAUAUCCAUUCAACAAAGCUGGUUUCUUUGACCAAGCCAAUUCAGUGGUCGUCAAAUCGUAUGGUCUCGUCAACAAUUAUGGUGAAUCACUUACCUUUGGUUUGACCCAAACUGCUCUUGUUAACGGUGUCCAAGUCGAUGGUGAACUCAAUGCAACCACAGUAUUGAACAACCAGUCUGCCGAAUACACUCCCAUCGUCACAUUGUCUGUCUAUGUUGCCGCCUCACUCAACAAUGGUAGUGUCAUCUCUGACAUUACUAGUCAAGCACUCACCCUCACCUACACCAGUGAUACUGAUAAAUCAGUUUUCUAUGAUGACAACAGCAAUAUGUUUGUCGAAGGUUCCAUCCCAUCAAAUUAA